CCCUGCAGUACCCAACAUUAGGUUCCAGAAUGUGAAAACUACAGAGUUUCUUUGGAACAAAUUCUUACUUGGGUUUUGAUGAAUCUUGAUUUUACACAAAAUGGGUUGUGUUCUCAUGAUUAUUAUCUUCAUGUCCAUACCUUUUUCAACGCAGAACUCCCACAUUUUGAUUGCUAACUCACCAUUGAAUGCAGCAGAGAGCUUCGAUGUUGAAGAGUUAGAGAGGGUUUCGGGGGAAGAUGAGAGUGGAGGAAAUGAGCCUUUCAUUCUGGAGAGAUUCAGAGCUCUACUUGGACUCAAGAGCUUACAAUCGGAUGUUUCGUUUUCGCCGUCGCCGUCGCCGUCUCCAUCACCGGCAGCCAUUGCUCCUUCCCCUGUUCAUGUGGCAACUCAUCGAGUGCACAUUCAUGAGCAUUCCCACCCUCAUCAGCUUCGCUUGCACAAGAGACGACCAGUAUACAAACCUAAAAGAGAGGAAGAAGAUGCAAGAGAAGGAAGAGUCAGAAAAAUUCUUGUUGCAGUUCUUGUGUCUGCAGGAGUCACCAUUUUGAUAUGCUCUAUUAUUGCCUUUUGGGUCUGCAAGAAGUUCAAAACUCAGAGAGAGGAAGCCACGGAGAAGCUUUCUGUUAAGAGUGAAACAGUAGAGAAGUCAGCUAAACCAAAUUCACCAAAAUCACCAAAAUCUGGCCUUGAUCCGUUCGAUCUCGGUAUGCUUGGAAUGGAUGCUGAAGAAGAACAGACCCAAUGUUCUGUAAGUGAAAAGGAGAUAUCUGUUCAUAAAGAGAGGGAAAUGGGCCAAGAGAUGUUAGAUUCAGAAUUUGAUAAUGUAAGUGUUUCUUCAACCAAGGAAAUGAUGUAUGUUCAUGAGGAAGAUGAUAGUAAAUCAAUACAAUGCGUAUCUGCUAAAGCUGAUUCCUCAUCUGGGGAUAGAAUUACUCCUGUUAAAUCUUGUUCUUCUGAUGAUGAGGAAUCAUUCCAUUCUUGUGGUGAUUCCAAUUUGUCGAAUGCUCGCCUUUCAAAUGCUUCAGAAUCUUCUUCUGCUAAUGUGAUAACAAAAUCUACUUGUUCAGUGCCAAUUAUGAACUUACCAAGUAAAUUGGAAACAACACAAUGUGAUGAUUCUAACAAACCAUCAACUUCUGACCAGUCGCAUAUUACCCUUUCUCCUUGCAAUCCAGAAAGCAAAAUGCAGAUGGUUUCCCUCUCUGUAGGUGGCCAAAAGAAUGUCCCAUCUCUAUCUCCGCCUCCGCCGCCACCACCGCCGCCGCCGCCUAUCACGGAUCGCAGCUCUUUUUCCCUCUCUUCACCCUUUUCAACUGGAUCUACUUCCUCUUCUGCAUUGUUAAGAUCAUCAUCUCCAGCAAUGUCAGAUUCUUCUUCGUUAUCUCAAAUACCAUGGAAUGAUCUGACAUCACCUAAUCCUGCUGCUAAACCUUCACUACCAUCAUCUUCUAUCCCUCCACCCCCUUCUCCACCACCAAGUUUGAAAGCAAAGGCUUACUCUUUCAAAACUCCACCACCUCUUCCUUCCAAGCUCCCUCAAUUCAUGGCAUUUGGAAAAGAGGGAAAUUCGCGGCCAAAACUUAAGCCUCUCCACUGGGACAAAGUAAGAGCUGCACCAGAUCGAUCAAUGGUUUGGGACAAGCUAAGAUGGAGUUCAUUUGAGCUAGACGAAGAAAUGAUUGAGUCACUAUUUGGCUACAACCAACAUGAUUCAAUGAAGAAUGGUGAUGCUAGCAACAAAAGCCCUUCUCCAACCAAGCAUAUACUAGAGGCAAAGAGACUUCAGAACCUAACCAUUCUCUUAAAAGCCCUGAAUCUCUCUACAGAACAAGUUUGUGAAGCCAUAGAACAAGGGACGGGGAUGCGUUUGAGACAACUUGAAGCACUGGUGAAGAUGGUACCAACACAGGAAGAAGAGGCCAAAUUGUUAAGCUAUGAAGGAAACAUCGGUGAAUUGGGGUUUACAGAAAAUUUUGUGAUAUCAAUUCUGAAAAUACCAUUCGCCUUCCAACGAGUAGAAGCCAUGCUUUACAGAGAAACUUUUGAAGAUGAAGUGAAUCAUCUCCGGAAUUCGUUUUCCAUACUAGAGGAAGCCUGUAAGGAGCUAAAAUCGAGCAGGCUCUUCCUGAAACUACUGGAAGCGGUGCUCAAAACAGGGAACCGAAUGAACGUCGGAACAAGCAGAGGAGGCGCAAGAGCAUUCAAACUAGACGCACUCCUAAAACUAUCCGACGUCAAAGGAACCGACGGAAAAACCUCCCUACUCCACUUCGUAGUGCAAGAAAUGAUCCGAUCAGAAGGAAUCAGAGUGUCCGGUAGCAUAAUGGGGAAAAUCAGCCAAAAAAACAAAUCGAGAACAAUAGAAGAAAGAGAGAACGAUUACCGAAGAAUGGGACUAGAUCUGGUAUCCGGCCUGAGCACAGAACUGCACAACGUGAAGCGAGCGGCAACGAUCGAUCUGAAAGUUGUUGCGAGCUUGAGGGGGAAUCUGAACGACGGAAUGGCGAAACUGCAAAAACUGGUGGGGAAGGAGUUGAGCGUGGAUGAAAGGAGCGGGAAUUUCGUAGGCGCCAUGAAAGGAUUCAUGAGCUACGUGAAGAAGACGAUGGAGGAGGUGAGGAAGGACGAAGAAGGGGUGAUGUCGAGCGUGAGGGAAAUCACAGAGUACUUCCAUGGAAAUGUGAGCAAAGAGGAGACGAAUCCGCUGAGGAUAUUUGUGAUUGUGAGAGAUUUUCUUGGAAUGUUGGACAGUGUUUGUAAGAGCUUCAAGAUUGGAAGUUCAUAGACAAAUUUGUUCAAAGAA